AUGAAUCCCCACCCCCUCCGCCUCGGCGCGCUCUUGGCGGCCCUCGUGCUUGCCGCCGGCGGCGGGUGGUGGGGCCGUGCGGAGGCGUCGAUCCACACCUACGGGCGCGAGUCGUUCCGCGAGGUGGGCAACGCUUUCCUCCUCUCCGGCGGCAGCGAGGGCAUCGUCGCCGACGGGGUCGAUCUCGCCGCCCCCGCCUCCUCCUUCAUCAAGUUUGUGAAUGUUACUUUCUGGAGGAACGCAGAAUCAGCAGAAUCACAUGCAAAAAUGGCACAUAGUACAGGCUUGGUGCAAGCUAUUUUAUUUGAAGCAGCUGACAGGGAUAACAUUGGGGGUUCUGCCUAUGGUGGACAGAGGUCCAUUUGUUGCACCCCUGACCUUGCUAAACUAGAGGGCUGCAAACAAGGUGAAGUAAUCAGGAGGCCAUCUUCUGAUGACCCAGCUUGGCCUGUCGUGGUAGAUACACACUUCAGUGCUAAUCACCUUUCAGUGAAGUUGGAUGAUGAGGAAGUUCACAUUACAAAGACAGGCAUGUACAACUUGUUCUUCAUUUCUUGUGAUCCAAAACUAAGGGGCCUUGCUAUGAGUGGGAAGACAAUCUGGAGAAAUCCUGGGGGGUACCUACCGGGACGAAUGGCACCUCUGAUGAGAUUUUAUGUUUUCAUGUCGCUGGCUUAUCUGUUAGUCAUGGUUGUCUGGUUUAGCAAUUACAUAAGGUUUUGGAGAGAUAUACUGCCAAUACAGAAUUGGAUCACACUAGUAAUUGCUCUUGGACUGUUUGAGAUGACACUAUGGUACUUUGAGUACUUAAACUUCAACAGCAGCGGUGUACGACCUGUCGGAAUUACAACUUGGGUUGUAACUGUUGGCGCUAUCAGAAAAACAAUUUCCCGUCUACUGAUCCUUUCUAUAUCCAUGGGAUACGGUGUUGUUCGCCCAACUCUAGGAGGGCUCACCUCUAAGGUUUUACUCCUUGGGCUUACAUAUUUCCUGGCUUCUGAAUUACUGGAUAUUUCAGAAAAUGUUGGAACAAUUAAUGACAUCUCAGGCAAAGCAAAGCUUUUCCUUGUCCUUCCUGAUGCAUUUUUGGAUGCUUUUCUCAUACUUUGGAUUUUCACUUCUCUUUCCCGCACUCUCGAGAAAUUACAGGCAAGGAGGAGUUCUGUGAAAUUGGAUAUAUACAGAAAGUUCACAAAUGCACUGGCGGUCUCUGUCAUAGCUUCAGUUGUCUGGAUUGGCUAUGAGGUCUAUUUCAAAGCAACAGAUCCCUUUAGUGAGAGAUGGCAGAGUGCCUGGAUCAUAACAGCCUUCUGGGACGUUCUUGCAUUUGUUUUGCUUAUUGUGAUAUGUUAUUUGUGGGCACCUUCCCAAAGCUCACAAAGAUAUGCAUAUUCAGGCGAAACUGUCGACGAUGACGAUGAUGAGGCUCAGUCUCUGACAAAAGGGUCUGAUGGUGAUGUGGGGAUGGUAAAGAUCGACAAAGACAGAAAUGCUGGUGUUAGCAGUGCUUUCAGCUUGGAAGAUGAUGAGGCUGAAGAGGACAAAAGAGAAUAG